CGAACCAAACCUCCGGCAGGAUAGGGUUAACCCAGUGCUCACAGGUCGGUGACGAAAACACGUGCUCUGGGACAUCGAUGAGUGGUCCUGUUGGGUUCACGGGAGGAGAGUGCUCUGAAAGGGGGAUGGGAGGUCAGGGUGGCCUGCCAAAUAUGCCUCCUGAUCAAGAGGUGGGCAUAUCAGACGACUCGGAGGACGACCAUCCGCGUGCUUCUUCGAAACCGUGCUUGCAUGGAUCUCGUCGCCAAGGUUUGCUUGGGGAGUCGACGCCACGUGGAGGCGGCGAUGGCGAACGGUUGCGACAGGGCUCAGAAUCGACGACUCCUCGUGGUCUGGUCGAAAGGAUUCAAUUUGGUUUGUUCGUUCAUGGCAUGCAGGUGGUCGAGGUUUCACCUGGAGAUCACGCGGGUAAUCCGCAGGUUCGAGAGACGGAGUUGAGCCUAGAACGAGAAGCAAGUGGGAACGUCGCCGGUGAGGAAGAGGUGUCCGAGCAGGGGCUGUUCCGUGAGAGAUCGGCUGAAAAGACUCAGUCGGGAGGAAAGCGCAACUUGCCGGAUGAGGAAGAGCAAGAGGGAGUAGGUGCUCUGAAAAGGCAGAGAAAGGUAGGAGGGAGUGCUCGAACACCAACAACACGAGAGGGCGGUUCUGUUGAGAAGAGGAAAAGGGUUGGAGAUGACUCCAUCUUCGCUUUGGGAGAGAAGUUCUACGAGGAGUGGUCGAAAGGGAAACUCCUUGCUUCCGACGGCCGGCGUUGGACGGAAAAGUCGCCCACCCAUGAGAAGGUGGCCAAGCCAGGACUCUCCACUGUGACUGACAGCCAGGGGCUGAAGAAACACGUCUGGUACGUGAAGGUGGACGACCCGUCGUUGAAAAAGGGCAAGGGGAAGCCAAAAAAAGGCGCGGGGGAGAAAACUUUCUACGUCCAAGUUCCUGAGCCGGGUGUCCACUGCUGGAAGGAAUUGGUGGACUUGACGGACCGCGAGAAGAAAAGGCUGUUGAACGGCGUCUUGAACCUUAACGUCGUGUGGGUUCAAACGAGUAGCAAGAAGUUGGCCGAGCAGGGGAAGUUCAGUGCCAAGGAGAUGGUCGACAUAAUAAAAAUGGACCGGAUUAUGUUGAGGCUGUGGCACUACGCGGAGUUCGAGUACGAGGAAAUGGAUAAGCGGGAGUGGAAUGCCAACUCCCUGUUCUUGAGGUCCAAGAAGCAACUGUUCGAAGACAGUGCCCUCAGUUUCUCGGGUUGGGACUCUGGGGCAUUCGCAUCUCUGAGUGAGUUGCUGGGCUUCGUUUGUCAGGACUACUGGACAUUGGUGGUAUUCGUUCCCUGCCUGUGGAACCUCUCCUUCAUGACAUCUUUGUCUGCGCUUGGGGCUACCCGAUGCUACACAGGGAAGUGGGUUCGGAAGAUGGCAACAAAGAAGACGCAUCAGUUCCGAAACAUCGUCUGGGAGGAGCCGGAUGUGAUGCACAUCCUUUUCAAAGGCGAGGAUCCUCGGCUACUGAUUCACCCGGUGUACGAGGGAGCUGUUGCUGAAGACGACGACGCCGCUCUCCGUAGGAAACAGAAAGUGACACCCACGGAUGUGGAGGAGAAGUCUUUCAAGUCCUUGACUUUCGCGGACAUCGGAAACCUCACCCAGAGGGGGGCUCUGUACAAGGACGGCGAGCGGAAUCCGAAUCAGUUAUGCAAUCAGCUUCUUUUCUUCUGUGGUGUGGCGGAUGCCGUGCUGUUCUUGGGCAAGCCGCACGCGCAGGUGGUGUGGAGUCUGCUUCAGCAGGGAAGGCACGUCUUGGCCGUGGAUGGGGACACAACGCAGCUCGAAUACACCGUGCAGUAUGUCACCCAUGAAGUGUCGUCCAAGGCUUACCCAUGCGAUUUCCACCAUGUCGUGGUCGAGCCCGUUUAUGACCCGAACAAGGACAUGUUCUUCAAGUUGACUCCGAAGAAAAGGCGCCAGGUCUACUCCUUCCUUUACAGCGAACAACCAAGGUUGAGAUUUGAUCCGCAGUACGUUGUGCGGAAGGAAGUCGUCAUUGCGGUCCUCCAGGGCUACCAGGAGGGAGUCGGGUCAGCGCUGUGAGCUUCAUUAAGAGGCUGGAAUAUGUGCUUUUUAACGAGAAUGUUGUCGAUCCGGCCGACUUCACUUUGGAUA